AUGGAGAAGCGUAGCAUCGAUGUGGAUCAAUCCGCUUUGUUCGAGACAUCUGGCUCGGAGUACACCGUGGGAACGGUCAACACACACUUCAUACCUAUGAACAAACACAACUUGGACAAGUACAAGCAGCUGAUCACGCCGUUAGGUGGCGAAACGGUUAUUGUGUGUGAUAUUGACAACACGCUGUACCACCCGUCUGCCGGUGUGGAGGAGCUCAUAGAUGGAAAACUGGUUGAUUAUUUGGCGACUGUUACGGCGAGCAGGGAGGUUGCGUUGGCACACAAAAACAGAUAUGACGAGGAGUACGGCCUUACGGUGUACGGUGCACUCGCAGAAUUGGAUGUUGAGCUUGAUUUUUACAAUAAGUACAUUUCAAGCACUAUAAAAUACACAGACUAUCUCCAACGCGAUCUGGUGCUGAAGAGCAUGCUUGACCGUCUCAAUUGCAGGAAGAUAUGCCUUACGAACGGUGAUGUAUCACAGGCAAGGGGCAUACUUGCAGCACUCGGGCUCACGGAGUGCUUCGAAGCUGUUGUCACGGUUGAUUCGGCUGUUCCGUUCUUCAUACACAAACCUACGGAGGAGAGUUAUCAGUUUGUGGACGAGCUGUUCGGGAUCGAAAAUCCGAAGAGUGUGCUGUUCUUUGACGAUAACAUCAAGAACAUUGAACAGGCCCUUGUACAUGGAUGGUCUGCACAUCACGUGCAGGGCGACAGCCACAUAAGCGAUAUUAUAGGCAAAGCGGUUGAGAUGCUGUACGUCCAGACGGAGGAUCUUCUGCAGGAUAAGGACAAGGUUGGAGUCAAAGAGAAUUAAAUAAAAUUGAGUGGCGAUACGAUAA